GCACAAGAGAAGAUCAGGGAGAAGGACAUAGAGAUAGAGAAAGAGAUAAAGGACUGUGGAAUGUAGAGAUUAUAGAAACCACGAGGACCAAACAGACGAUGAAUACAUGCUAAAGAAACAUCAAGACUAACGUGACUAGUUGUUUUUUUUUUCUGUCUUUCUGGAUCAGAUCAUCAUCCUCUUCCUCCUCCUCAUCCUCAUCAUCAUCAUCAUCAUCAUCGUCAUCAUCAUGGCUUUAAUGCCAACUCCUGGACUCACUUCCUCUUUAGGGAUCGCUGACCCCACGUCCUUCUCCCCAAACAAUACGUCUAAUAUCCUGAGCAGCCUUGAAGGAACCAUAUCAGGAGCUCUGAUCCUAAGCAUCGCCUUCGUCCUCGGCAUUCCCGGCAACCUCUUUGUCAUCUGGAGCGUGGUGGCUAGAACGCAGCGCCACUCAGUGACGGCAACGCUUAUCCUCAACCUGGCCUGCGCAGACGGCAUGCUUAUGCUGCUCACACCUUUCUUUAUCAUCUACCUCCUCAAGCGGUCCUGGAUCUUCGGCCUGGCCAUGUGCAAGGUCCUGUAUUACUUCUGCUGCGCCAACAUGUACGCCUCUAUCUUCCUGAUCACACUGAUGAGCCUCCACAGGCUGGUGGCCGUGGUGUGGCCGCAGCAUCUCGCUGCCUUCAGCACGCGCAGGACCGUCGUACGGACUCUUGUGGCCCUCUGGAUCCUGGCGCUGGCUCUGGCUGCGCCUGUUCUGGUGUUUCGAAACAUCGAAAAAAAUCAAAACGACACUAUUGUGUGUGACUGUCUACACUCCAAGCCUGAAUAUGUGGUGAUGCAGUACUCCAUGGAGACGUUCCUGGGCUUCUUGCUGCCCUACAGCUUGAUUCUAAUCAGUUACGUUCAGAUUCUUCUCAGGAUUCGCCGCACACGCUUUCAGAGACGUAUUCGCAGCGAGAAGCUCAUUCUGAUCAUCGUCAUAACCUUCGCUCUCUUCUGGCUGCCGUACCAUGUCGUCAACAUGCUGCAGGUGGCUGAAGGGUUGGUUGUGAGCGCGCAACAAAAGAUACACGACAUCCGGACGAAGCUGAGACCCUUCGCUGCUGCGGUGGCCUUCUUUAGCAGCUGCAUCAACCCCAUCCUGUACACAUGUGUUGGAAAGCAGUACAUGCGGCGGGCAGGUCUGGCCUUCAUGGCGCGUCUCUUUGAUGCCACAGGACGAGAUUUGAUGUCUCGUAAAUUUCAAAGCAGCGUAAACCAGCAGCGUGAAGUGGGAGAAAACGACGCACUGCGUGAUAAGGAGUCUGAAUCCACGACAAGCGUGAACACAAGUGUUAACAUCAAAGCGACACGUGUGCAAAAUUGAAAAGAGUGAGGUCCUGUAUGAAACAUUUAGGAUUUGCGUUCAGAUGUCAGAUAUGAGGGAAAAAAACAUUUUCAAACACAUCCAAUGACGUCAUGGGGAGUUUUAUUCUGAUACAGCAGACUGAACGGAUCAGAGGAACACUGCGUCCUAGUGAAGGUUCUCGCAACAUUGCAUCAGGGUGACACGUGACCUCAGAUCUCAGGCAGUUCAAGGUCUGUCCAUCAGGUCGCGCCAAAACAUCACACGAUUUAACGUCAUGACGCACUGGAUAAAUGUUGUGUUUCAAUGCAACAUGACUGAUUUUUUUUUGUUAACAGACAUCGGGAUUAAUUUCAUCUGUUAUGGAAAGAGCUUCGAAUAAAUAAAUAAAUACAUUUAUAUUCAUACAAGUUCUGUCAUUCAAGGAAAAAUGAAAUAGAGACUGUGUUCACACCAGUGAACCAUCUGGAAGAGCAAAAUAUCACUAAUAAUAAAAUUGCAAAAACAAACAACAAAAAAUAAACAUUAAUUUGAGAGCAAAAGUUUGUGCCCCCUUGUUUUCCCCCCCAAUCUUUCAUGUGAUUGGAUAAUUGCAUAAACAUAUCCAGGGAAUGUAUCCAGGGAAUCCUAAUAUAUUCUGAGCAUUGACGUUUUAGCCAUAGGUUUUGGACUGUGCUUUUUUGUGUCAGGACACGACCUAUUCCUUUGAUUGUUUUUUUAAAAUUCGUUAAAUAUAGUUACGUUUUCAUUUUUUUGCACCGAAACGUUUUCAUUCAUUUCAAACUGAUAAAAAAGUUUUCAAUAACUUUAUAAAAUCGACUUAUAUUAAUAAAUACAAAUCAAUGAAUAAUUUUAAGACUAGUUGUAUAAUCUUAUAAUUUUCUGUAU